AUGACAUAUGAGAAGUACAUGAGAGGUCAUGUAUACUUGACUCCCGCCCCCCCCGAGGCCCAGGCCGCCCACCUCACCCCCCGGCCCAUGUCCACCAAGCAAAAGAGAAGAAGCCUAGAGCCACCCAACUUUAUGGCGCCAUCUAAGACAUUGGUAACAGCAGGUUCCGUUCCUCGCGAGCCUGAGCCGGUCAACGCGAUGGGGACGGAGCCAGAGCUCGAGCCCGAGCCGCUCCCAACGCCUCCAGCGACAGCCCACCUCAGCACUCGACGCGAGAUCCACCGACGCAGCAAGGCACAGCUCAGCGGGAUCCUCGCCUCAGACGCACACCACCCAGACUGGGCCGGAAUGGUGAGAGAUGGCAAGGAAGAGCAGCACCAGCAAGAGGUGGAAUGGUUGGAGGAGCUGCAGCAACAGCAGCAGCAGCACCAGGAGGUGGCGCGCCCAAAACGCAAAUCUCAAGAGGAAAACGCUAGUGGCUGGAGGUCAAAGAAGAGCAGUCAGGACGAUGACAAGUGGGACAUGACACCAGACGGAGGGUCAGCAGGGCGGGAAGGACGACAGUUUACCGUGUGGAACGUGGGGAAUAACGGGCGCAUCUACUUGAGGCCGAGUGUCCGACCGGCAAAUCAACGGUACCCCCAACCGCAGUUCGUGUUCCCCACGACUCCGCCGAGCACCGCAGGCUUGGAUGCCCUGGCAAUUGGGAAGCGUGGGGGGGACGGGGAUGGGGACGAUACGGCGACACCAUUGACCGAGAGAGGGUGGACGCCAACUCCUGCGCCACAGACGCUGGCCACAUCAUACCUCACCAGUAGGGGACCAUUGGCACGGACACGUCAGCGGCGUGCAAUGUCGGACUCGACCAUCCCCGACACUAGUGUUGCCCGUGAAUCAGAUGUCGGAGGCUUCAAAAUCAUCAUCACCCAGCCCGGCGAGGAUCAACGGCCGAAGACCUUGGAAGAUAUCGAUGCGGGUCUCUCCCCCCUCUCCCCCCUCUCCCCCAUCCUCGACAUCUCCAUUCCAUCCUGGAGGAUUGGUACCCCGCGGUUCAGCAUGAGAGGGACCCCGUUUAUUCAUGGAUCAUCAUACGCGCCCACUGAAGAAAUGCACCCGAGCAACCCGUCGCUUCUCAACCGGACUCUGCGCGACCCAACCCCCGAGUUACCCGUCUCUGCUAGUCCAGAUUAUGUGCCGCACAUCCAACCACCAAGUCCCCGUAACCUGGUCAUGCCGCGCUUCCCCCCGCCGCUUCGGUCGACCUAUCUAUCCACACACCUCGUCGUCGAGCCUGCCAUGUUCGAUGCGCUUACCUUCAAACCAGAGUGUGAUGACCGCUCCAUUGUCAGAUACGCACCAUCGACGGGCGCCGUGACAGCUGCCAGCCCACCGCGACUCGUGGCCGAAAUUACAUCGCCCAGCUUCUUAGACUAUGAUCUGCUGUCCGACUUCUUCCUUACCUUCCGCUCCUUUCUCGAGCCGGCCGAUUUGUUGCGCAUGCUCUUCUCUCGGCUGCGGUGGGCAGUGGGCCAAGCAAACGAGGAAAUAGGCACCGUCGUGCGUGUACGGACCUUUGUUGCCCUCCGGCAUUGGAUUCUGAAUUACUUCCUGGAUGACUUUGUGAUUGACCACGGGCUGCGAGUUCAGUUUUGCAAUCUGCUCAACGACUUGGUGGACGAAUUAUCGCAGGACUUUGGGGAGCGAAAACCCUGGGUGAAGAUCUUGACAGAGCUGAAGAAGUGCUGGCGGCGUGUCUGCGCACAAUUUUGGGACGGCCCGGAUUUUGAUGCCUCGGCCGGUCCAGAUAUCCCAAUAUCUCCAGGAGGAAUCGCGGGGAACCGUGACUCCAGUUUGAAUCCGAGUAUCUGGGAGAGGAUGGACUCGGAUCUGCUGCAGUUGGACGGAUUCUUUGUGCCGAAUUCAAAUCGAGAGGAGAUGAGCUUCAACGCCGGUGUUUUGAGGAGGCAACCCAGACACAUUGAUUAUACCGUUAUCAGUGGUAAUCGCCCUGGUACUCCGGACAACUCCCCGAUCGAGGAUAUUGGGAGAACCCAGACCUCACCGGGCAGUAUUACGAGCGUGGAUGUGAUAUCUUGUUCGUUCCCAGCCAAGAACAUGCGGUUUGCGCAUCCAGGGGCCAGUCAUCCGUUGGCAGCACACCCAGUCGAUCCGAGUUCCGUGGCCAUAAAUGCAGACAUGGUCGCGACAACUCCCCGGGCAUUGAUGGGCAAACGAGUUCGUCCUCAGCAUAAGCGGAAUGGGAGCCUUACGGAUUCCUUGCGAGAUCAUGGGCCCUCAACUGAGAGAGAGCUCUACAAGAACCCCGAAACUUCUCAUCCCUUGCUUUACGCCGGAAAUUUGGUCAGGGGGAACCUUUUCCCCCCAGGGCAACCGUUCGUCGAGAUUCUACCGCCCAGUGCAGCAGGUGGACCAAGCCGCCGGGCGACAGUGUUUCAGUCGCACCCCGCCGAACCGCAGAAGGACAAGCUGAUGGCAUCAGCCAUGUCGGGACAGGGGAUGAGAAGGCUGCUCGGCAGUGUUCGUCGCGCGUUGAGCACAAAGGGUCAGACAGUGUCCCCUACCCAAGGCAACUUCAUCAACAUCUCACCAAUCGGACCGCGAGGGGCAACGACGAACAGGCUCCCUGGGACUGCGAUAGUCCCGCAAGCCCGGUCGCCCCUGAACGGCGCCAAGUCCCCGGUUCGCAUCGACCUCCUCGGCGCGGAGAUCGCCGAAGAUUUCAAGAAGGCCGUGCGGGAAGACAGCGCGGCAGAAGCAGAAAGGCAGAAUACAUUAACAGGCGGCCCAGCAACCGAAGCCAGUUACCCAGACGAGAUGCUCGAGCGGUCGGAAGCGUUCGCUAGCAACCACCCGGGCUUCAGACCACUCAGUGAUAUGGCGAUCACCACGGGGAGCAAGUCCAUCGUCAUUGUCGAUGAUACCCUGCCCAUGGGCACGCCUCGCAUGACCGGUGCUCUCCCUGCUGUGAAUUCUUCCGUCGAGGCUUUUGCCGAGAUGUUCAUGCCAAAUGGCGCUGAUCUGACGCCGCCAAAUACUCCGCCCGGUCGCCCUAUGGGCACACCCCGAAGGUCGUCACACAUCUUCAUCCAGCAGGGCCCGCACCCGCCCAUCCCCGUGGAUCCACUCUCACCCUCUCUUCCGGACAUGGACACGGUCGGCCCUGAUUCCACCAUAGCUCGGCCCUCGGAGGACGCCGUCCGGCCCUCCUUCGAUCAGUCACUGGCAUCACCUUACCUACCUCCCCUGAGUGGAGUGGGAGGCCACUUUAGACACCCUUCGAGUAGGUCUUAUCGGUCGAAUUCAUCCAUUUACCGUCGCCGGUAUGCGUCUUUUACGAGUGGCACCGCACCUCAGCCAACCAUCCGAAGCUUUGACGCCACUACCUUCUCCGAGGGGUCGAUUGACUAUAGGGCUGAUGUCCCCGCACCGCAGCCUCUUCGGGUCCUCAGGAGACGCCCAGGUGGGGAUCUCCGGGCUGUUGCCAACGUGGGCGAUCUCGAACCUGGUAGCCUCAGGAGGUCCAGGUCAGUCGGAUCUUUGACCACUUUCACGGACUCGGUGAGAAGUUCGUACAUCCAGAGCCCUACCGGAGAUUCAAGCGGGUUCGUGAAUAUAGUCAGCAGCGACUAUUCGCGGGACCGGGCCGAGGCGUUCUCUCUUGGCGCCAUUGCAGAGAAGAAUCCGAAGCGGGGUGUCUCGUUAUUCAGCACACACUCGUCGAAGCCCGUUAUGCGUCCAUCAUUCGAGGCCGAAGCAAAGAAGCUCGCCCAGAUCCCGGAUGAUGUAGAUGACGACGGCGGUGUUGAGUCUGCUCUCUUGAAGCUGGAGGGCAAAUACCAGAAAAGGAUGACUCGAUUUUCCAUCGAUCCGCUCGGUCUGCCUGCAGCGGCGGAUGAACCCUUCCCGGCUGCUGGACUAGCGGAAUAUGGGCCUACGACAAUGUCGGAGAAGGCCGAGCAUCGCCAGGUGCAGGUAGCCGAUGACCAUUUGGUGCUCUUACCUUCAUCACCUACCGCUGGAGAUGACCAGGGGAGUUUGCCCGCUCUAUCAAGCCUCGGAAAGCACCACGAAGAUGUCCUCUCCUUCUUAUCAGAAGAGUCUCGCAGCUCAUACUGCUCCAUUCCUCUCCUGGAGCGAGGCUUGACAGAUGACGGGCGGAGCAAGAAAACCGCCACGAGGGAAUGGACGGACCGGUCCGUUCUCCGUGCAUCUGACGACGAUAGCCCGAGUCCCAUGAUUCAGCAGAAUCCGUUCGACUCACACCAUCCAUCGUAUGACUUCGUCAAGAAGACCGAGAGUAUGGAGAAGAUUAAGCCCGGCGACACUGCCCCGACAUCCAGCCCUCCUCGACCUAGCACGGAGCAGUCGUUCUUGGACGUUGACAGCGACGACAGCGGCGACAACAGCGAUCUCUCUUCCGAACUAUCGGCAGAACUACUCGGGUCCGGAGACGAUGGAGUGAUGUUCGCCCCUCGUCGUCAUGGGAUAGCCGUCUCCAAUUUACCAACACACCCACUCAAUGGGGAUUCGCCGAGUCGCGAAGCUCCGCCUCAUCCAAGCAUGAAUUCGCCGUCCUCACCUAUGACCCUCGUACAAGCGCUACAAAUGUCUCCUCCAAACACCGCGACCAUCCCUGUGCUUCAUGACCAUCAACUGUGGGGAGACAAGCCGCUACCGCCAACGCCAGAGACAACCCCGAUCAUGGCGACGGCUGCAUAUGCACUCAACUCCAACUCGCCAGUGGAUGCCUCCGGGUCGAAGGAGACGCUCCGGAACGUCCCGAAGCUUGAUAUUCCGAAUACUCAUACCCAGCACGUGGAACCUCAGCGUAACAAAUUCUCGGUGCAUCUGCCGUUCGUUCUGGCAUUCGACAGCGAGAUCUUGGCUCAGCAGUUCACGCUGAUCGAAAAGGACGCGCUCAACGAGAUCGACUGGAAGGAGCUCAUAGAUAUGCGCUGGAAAAAUGCCGAGCACAGCGGCAUCAAUACCCGCAGCUGGGUCUCGUUCCUGCGCGACACUGAUGCUAGGGGCGUCGAGGUCGUGAUAGCCCGAUUCAACAUCAUGGUCAAGUGGGCCAUCUCGGAAGUAGUCCUGACGCAAGGUCUGGAAGAGCGUGCGAGAUGCAUCGUCAAAUUCAUCCACAUCGCCGCGGACUGCCGAAGAUACAGAAACUUCGCCACGACGAGCCAGUUGACAAUCGCGCUGACCAGCAACGAGAUCGGCAGGCUAAGCAAGACGUGGGCAAUGGUCCCAGCGGCCGACAUGCGGACACUGAGGGACCUCGAGGCUCUCAUCAGCCCGACUAGGAACUUCUAUAACCUGCGCAGGGAGAUGGAGGGCGGCGGGUCUGUCGGUGCCGCUAGCGCGGACAUGGGCUGCAUCCCUUUCGUGGGCAUCUAUACCCACGACCUGCUGUUCAACGCACAGCGACCGAGCGAGAUCGCGAGCUCACCGACGACCGCGCCGCUCGUCAACUUCGAGAGGUGCAGGAUGGCAGCCGGUGUGGUGAAGACGCUGCUGAGGCUGCUGGAAGCGAGCUCGUUGUAUGCCUUCCAGCCGAUCGAGGGCCUGACGGAAAGGUGCCUCUGGAUGGGUGCCCUCAGCGACGAGGAGAUUCGACAACAUUCAGAGGCUCUAGAGUGA